GUUUUAAUUAUAUCUUCUUGAAUCCCCUUCUGACAUGCAAAACCAAAUAUGAUCAACCACUCUGACCAUAUAGCUAUAUAGUUUGGUUCCUCAAUCCUCAUUUAGAAAUCUAAACCCACUAGAAAAUUGGCUCGAUUCACAUCAGCCUUACAUGUCCCUACUAUAACCCAUCUCAGCGUGACUGACCCAACUCGUCAAUCACCUCUAGUUCAAGAAUUUGUCAUCUUUAAGAUUUGUCCCUUUUUGCCUCUAUGUACUGCUAAUGAAUUUGAAAUUUUAUUAACAGGAAAGGUUGACUGAUGAAGUUGCUGAGAUGACUUGUAAAUUCUCCUCUGCUCAGAUUGAGAAAGUCUCCGGUAGUCCAACUUUGAAACUCCCUCAUUUAUUCAAUCUAACUCCAAAUUCAUCGGGGAAAGGCAACCAAGCACCAAAGCAGCAUCCUGUAGGUAGUCAAACCAAUCAGGAAACUUUGCCAGCCCCAAAAACAGUUUCACCUCCAUUUACAAUUGAUGAAGAUGGUGAAGCACAAGAGACUGAUGAUUAUUAUGCUCACAACAUUCGUCGUUCUGUUCGUGAAGCUGCACUAUCAAGCUCAUCAAGCAACUCAGAAUUGUUGCAGGAAAGAAGCAUUGAUGAUGGUUCUGAACACUUCUUUAUACCUCUAUCAACAACAGAUGCUGCUUCUCAGAAAGAAAUCGACUAUGUUCCUAACUGGAGAAAUCAACAACUGGUUUUCUCCUCACCACCAGAAGAUCAGGCCCCGAUGAACAUGACAGAUCUUUCCUGUAAUGCCAAUAGCCAGCAAAGCUUCAUUCCAGAUAUGUUAAAUAAAUUGAAUGGACUGAAGGAGAACAAAAACCUGGCCAGGCUGUUCCAACCAUCCACUGAAAAAAUACAAAGAACGCAUCCUGAAGCUAACAACACUCUGGAUCAAGUUUUCUCACCUCCAUUGUUACUGGAAUCAUCAUUCUUCCAAGAUGCAUACGAGGACUUGCUUGCACCAUUAUCUGAAACUGAUGCUGCUCUCAUGGAACACUAGAGUUCCAUAUCCACCAUGGUGGUGGUAUUAUAUGCAGCUGAAGAGAAAGGUUAGAUGCUGCAGUCUUGGUCAGAGGGCCAACAUCAUACAUUUGUUUGCGAUGCGAUGGUGACUAACUUAAGCAACUGAAAUAUAAGGGUUUCUAAUUCGAGUUUGAAUCGUGUGAUGUAGUCUAAUUUACAUGCGAUUUCACUGUUGUUGUUGGUUGUUUUGAUGAUGGUGUCAUUUUCUCUACCCGGUGUGUAGCAGCUGUAUUUAUGUUGUAUCUUUUCCGACUUAACAAAAUGUCCUUCUUACCCUUCAAUGGCUUGUUUUGGAUUUGUGGGUCAGAUCUUUGUUAUCGUCAUGGGUAAAUAUUGGUGACAUGUGGACUGCAAGUUAUAAUUCGGUAUUUUGUGAAUCA